CCCCACUGGAAACCAAUGCACAUUGUGAAGGAAAAGCUUAUGGCAGUGACCGAAUAUAUCCCACCAAAACCUCUGACUUCAGAGACCUGUAUGAAGCCCCCUGUCAUUCUUCCUAAGGAAGAGACUGGCUAUGAAAGACUCUUAUUGCGCCAAGUGAAACAAAUAUUUCUUGAGAGUAAAAUGAUUGUUGUGUGCCAAUACAAUUAUAUUCCUGGAAAUGAUAUGGUAACAUUGAGGCAUCGGCUGCGAAAGUAUAAUGCAUGUCAGAUUUUUCCCAAUAAGAUCAUGACUCCCUUUCUUUUGGAAUCUAAGUACAAGAAUCUCCUUCCUCUCUUUGUGGAACGCAACCUUCUGCUUGUCAGUAUGGAAACAAGGGCCCAGGAAACACUACAAAUCCUGAAGCGUGUGCCACAGAUUAACAUGCUAGGAGCUUGCAUUGACAAUGUGAUCCUAAGCAAACAAGGCUUUGUAAAUUUUGCUAAGCUGCCAUCCAUAGUAACUGUCCAGGGGGAAACUGCAGGUUUGUUCUUGGUCAUGACAUACCAUAGUAGCAGACUUCUGCACCGUGGCUCUGUUCAUCUCUGUUCUUUGCUGGACCACUAUGUUCAAUAG